UCUUCCGUGUGACGCUGUGCAACUUCGCGUAGCUGCAUCGCCCACUGGAAUUUUUCCUGCCAAAUCCAAAAUUCUUAUCUACUGUUUAUUUUUAAAAUAGUUUAGCGGGCAGAAUCGCGAUUGACAUUUCGUUUUAAAUAGUAUUGGCUUACCGUUUGUGUUAAUUUAAUUCUUUCGAUCUAUCUUCUGAAUGAGGUUGACUUAUGCAGCGUUAUAGUGUUUUGCUGCACUUCCAAGGAUCUAGCAAUAUUGAAUACUCACUCUCUUGCGUCUUAAUUCAUCAUGUCGAGUACUGAUGGAAAUUUACCCGAAGGAAGGCUUCAGUCAAUGCCCCAGGUGUUGGUGAUUAAUCCAAAACACAGUCUGCUGUUCAAAGGUCCUUCGAGUCAGUCCGCUACAGUAACCAUUACAUUGACGAAUCCCUCGUCAAAGAUCGUCGCUUUUAAAGUGAAAACUACCGCACCGAAACGUUAUUGUGUGCGACCCAAUGGAGGAGUAAUAAAAGCCGGCGAGACGGUGUCCGUCAACAUUGUCUAUCAGCCGGGUGACGGAAAUGAUGCGCAGGAGCGGGCACGUCACAAAUUCCUCGUGCAAGGCAUAUUUGUGGACAAUGACCAGGUUCAGUUGGAUCAAGUGUGGCGUGAUAUCCCCAAGGAACGCGUGAUGGAGUCAAAGAUACGCUGUGUUUUCGAAGAUACCGACGAAGGGGUGACGGAGCAGAAAUUACCUGAUGGGCGCAAGACCGAUUUGGAAGGCGCCGAUAUGGAUCAGUCGAUGCAGAAAAUCACUGCUGCUGCAUUGACUGCCACUCAUCCAGAUGCUGCUACCGGAGGUAUAGACAGCAAAGAAUUGGAACUCCGUCGGAUGGCUGAAGAUUAUCGUCGAGCUCAAGACGAAAUUGCUAAUUUACGCGAUGAAAACCGUCGGCUUCGGGAAAAUGGCGAGCGAUUGCGUAAAAGUCUGCAGACUGCAGGUUCCGUUAGUGGCUUACCAGGUGGAAUAGGAUCUCAACAGGACCUGGCGGCAAACUGGAAGAAUGAUUUGACAAAAUUACCGAUUUUGGCUACAAUUGUUGGAGCCUUGGUUUUGGGUAUCAUCAUGUCGCAGAUUUUAUUCUGAAAAUGAUAUCAGUUUCCCCUGACUGUGUUGUAUCCAGUUAUCCCCACCUCGGAACUGCGUUGAUGCGCAUGCUUUUGUGCUAACGGCAAGCUAGCAUCCUUUGACAGAUUUUUUGUUAAAGUUCUAUUAGAUCCUAAAAUUUGUCAGAUUCGCUCUGUUUUGAUUAACGUCAAUGGUCAGCCACCAACUAUUUCCGAAGUAACUGUCGUUCUGUUACAGAUCCGUUUCUAACAACUUUCCGUUUUUGUCUUAGCAUGUCACUUUCACCACUUGAUAUGUUUGAUUGAGAAAUUUUUGGCCUGUAAAUGCUAUAACUUUCAGAUUGAUUUUGCGCUGUAGUUUCCAGACGUCAAAAGAAUGGUUUGAAAUGUUUUG